ACUCCUCCCAUCUCUUCCCCCUCCCCCCUGCUCUUUCGCGAUUCUCAUCUCGUUUCUUGAAGCUCGUAAACUACUAAAAGACGAGGGAAAUGGUUCGAAAACCCAACAGCACCCAAAUUGGAUCGCUUACGGGUCGGAUCCGGGUCAAUGGGCGGGCUUGACGUGGCGGGGGGAGGAGGAGGGAGAGCAGUGCUUGGCGCUGGAGUCGGAGGCGCUGGGAUUUGGGACGGAUGAUGAGGAUGACCAGCGUCGAAGAAUUAUCAGGGUUCGAGGCUUUGUUGUUGUUGGAGACCGAUCGAUGGGAGUCGCCACAAAAAGAAUUGGGAAGAGGAGCAGGAAAGAUUACGUCUUGGAGAUGGACAACGAUGAGAUGCUCAAUUUGUGGAACCAUAAAUUUACCCAAUGCUUCUCUUCUUUUGGCCGGCCAAAGAGGUUGUUUAUCAUUCUUAACCCUUUUGGCGGGAAGAAAUGUGCACGAAAGAUCUUCCAGAAUGAAGUCAAGCCCCUGCUUGUAGCCGCCGGUAUACUCUACACGUUGCAAGAAACCAGGUAUCAACUUCAUGCUCAAGAAAUUGCCUAUAAACUGGAUCUUCUAAAAUACGAUGGAAUUGUAUGCAUCAGUGGAGAUGGCAUAUUGGUGGAGAUAGUAAAUGGGUUGCUGCAAAGAGAAGAUUGGGAUACUGCAAUCAAGGUGCCCCUUGGAAUAAUUCCAGCAGGUACAGGAAAUGGCAUGGCGAAAUCACUUCUUGAUGCAGUUGGUGAAAAAUAUUCAAUCUCAAAUUCUGUGUUUUCGGUUAUCAGAGGUCAUAAACGCUCGCUGGAUGUUACCACUGUCAUGCAAGGAGUUACCAAAUUUUUUAGUGUUCUGAUGGUUACAUGGGGUUUUAUUGCAGAUGUUGAUAUUGAGUCUGAGAAGUAUCGAUGGAUGGGAAGUGCUCGGUUAGACUUCUAUGUCCUUUUGCGGAUAAUGAAAUUGCGAAGGUAUCAUGGACGUGUUCAGUUCGUUCCUGCUCCUGGGUAUGAAGCAUUUGGUGAACCUCUGGAGCACAACAGGAACGGGGAAGUAGUCAGCAGUACAUCAGCGCAAAGUCAUGGGAAUGAUUCUCCAGCCGAGCAAGGUGGUUAUCAGGGUCCUUCAAUUUGCUCCAAUAGUUUAGAAUGGAGAUAUCUAGAUGGCCCAUUUGUUAAUGUUUGGCUUAACAAUGUCCCCUGGUCUGGUGAAGACAUAAUGCCUGCACCUGAAGCAAAGUUCUCAGAUGGCUACCUUGAUGUGGUUAUAACUCGGGACUGUCCAAAAUCAACCAUGCUAUCGUUGAUGUUGAAGAUGAAUGAUGGAAGCCAUGUCAAAUCGCCGUAUGUUAUGUACUUUAAGGUGAAGGCAUUCAGGCUAGAGCCAGGGCAGCGGGUAGGAAACUCCAAGAAGGGAGGCAUCAUCGACUCUGAUGGAGAGGUUCUUGCGAGGGGGGAUGGGACCCAUGAGUGCCAUCAGCGUUCCGGUGAUCUUAUGACAUAUGGCCCUCCCAUCGAGAUGUUCGUCGACAAAGGCCUGGCAACCAUUUUCUCCCCCAAGCAAUGAAAUUCUUCUUCUUUUUCUAUGUCAAUUUACUUUUCUUUCUUUGGAACUGUCAUGUGCUGAUGUGAUUAUGCAUGCUCGUACAAAUGAGAGCGUGAAAGGAAGAAAAAUAUUUUAGUGCCAUCCUUCCCUUUCUUAUGGAGCAUUGUAUAUAAUAUUGGAAUACUGCGUAUAUAGUAUAUAAGCAUUGCUAAGUUAUUUAACAAAAUAAGGGGCCAAGAAAUAAAAUCCAUUUGAUUAGAUCCGAUA